GAUUUGGGCACUUUUGCUGACCUCAUCUUCACUGUGACAAUGUCCGGACGACCUCAAGAUGAUAGAAACCAGGAGGCUACUGUAUACUUGGGUAAUCUCGAUGAACGCUGCACUGAUGCACUCAUUUGGGAGUUGAUGCUGCAAGCAGGGCCUGUUGUAAACGUGCAUCUUCCAAAGGAUCGUAUUUCAAUGGCUCAUCAGGGGUACGGUUUCUGUGAGUUCUUGACGGAGGAGGACGCCGAGUAUGCAUGCAAAAUUAUGAACCAGAUAAAAUUAUGGGGCAAGCCCAUACGGGUGAAUAAGGCAUCAUCCGACAAAAAACAAUUGGAUGUAGGAGCAAACCUCUUCAUCGGCAACUUGGACGAGAAUGUGGACGAGCGACUGCUAUACGAUACGUUCAGUGCGUUUGGUAUGAUGGCUACGACAGCAAAGAUUGCACGAGACCCUGGCACGGGGGUUUCAAAGGGUUAUGGCUUCGUCUCAUACACUGAUUUCGAGUCUUCCGACGCUGCAACAGAGUCAAUGAAUGGCCAGUUCCUGAUGAAUAAAGCCAUUACUGUGCAGUAUGCGUUCAAGAAAGACGGCAAAGGCGAACGUCACGGCACCUCAGCAGAACGUCUACUCGCCGCACAAGCACGGAAGAACAACGCGCUUCCCAUCACCUCCCGUCCUCCUCCUGCGCAGAUGGCUUUUGGCGCUCGUCCUCCUAUGCCGGGAUUUCAGGGUCCCUACCAAGGGCAGUUUGCUGGUGUGCUUGCUCAGCCACCACCUCCGCCUGGUUUCAACCCGCCGCAGACGGUUGUUCCACAAGGCAUCCCAGUGAUGGGAGGGAUGCCACCUGUAGGCAUGGGAAUACCGCCUCCACCGCCCAACAUAUCCAUGUUUCCUCCUGGAGCUUUUCCGCCCCCACCGCCUGGUUUCGCCGUGCAAAAUGUGCCCGGGGCUAUGGUUCCGCCGCCUCCUCCUGUACCUCCUUAUUGAGCAGUGGGAAACAAUGAGUGAAUACAUGUCGCUGAUUUUGCAAUAUAGUCUUUCUAAAACAUCUGACUGUUUUCUUGUGUAUGUGAGGUUCUCAAGUAUGCGUGUCGCUGCAAGAAGCUGAGGUGCUUCUUGAGUCACUCUUGCUCUUUCCUGUGCUUUGUGUUGCUCGAGGAUGGUCUUACAGUCAUUUGCAUAACGCUAAGAUAGCGGGCUUGUGGGUUAGAUCUAUCUUUCUAUUCAGGCGUUUAUAGGAAUAUGGACGUCCACAAUGUCUAGAGGCCUGUAGACAGGUAAAAUGUGUGGCGUGGGAUUGGGGCAUGCCGCCCAAAGCAACUGCGUCAGUUCCAUUACAAACGCGUCUCAGCAUUUCUUGAACAGGAUUAGAAUCUGGGACUACGUGGAACAUGCACUCACGAAUCCUAUUCACCAGAUGC